AUGACGGAGUGCUCGCUACGCCCCAGUCCGACACGAGUUCUCUCCCUUUGGACUCUUUUAAUUGGAAGCUUUAAUAUCGCAGGUCUCCGGCAGGGGUGCUGGAGCGUAAGGGCGGAGUCCCUCGACGCGGUCAAUUUAUCUGCGGUGGCGGGCGGCGACGCAACGCUGCCGUGCGACACCCGCUCGCCGCAACCGCCAGAUGCACUACUUCUUGUUGUCUGGUAUAAAGACGAUGUUCCAAUAUAUAGUUACGACAGUCGCGAGAAGAGUCCGUCCGCGCACUGGGCGGACGACUCGCUGGGAGGGCGCGCGCGCUGGCACGCCGCGCCGCAUGCCGCACUGCGCAUACGCGACGUCCUGCCCACAGAUCGCGCCCUCUACCGCUGUCGGGUCGACUUCAAAGUGUCGCCUACAAGAAACUAUAAGUUUAUACUGCAUGUUAUAGAACUUCCUGAGAAACCGAAAAUAUUUGACGCACGUGAAAAAGAAGUAGUCGGAGUAGCCGGGCCGUAUAUAGAGGACACCAGUCUCAAACUCACCUGUGUUGUAAGUGGAGGUAAACCGAUGCCGCGCGUUCGCUGGUGGAGAGACGAUAAAGUAAUAGCAACAUUAGCUGCCGCGGAAGACGGCUCGCGUCUCAGCUUACUCGAACUUAAGAUACCGAAAUUAAAGCGAGAAUAUUUCGAAGCGGUGUACACUUGUACUGCCGAUAAUACAGCCCUCGUACCACCUUUGAGAACCAACGUACAAAUACAACUGUAUCUGCGACCACUAUUUGUGGAAAUUCUGGCGAGAGAACAGCCACUAUCAGUAGGCCAGGAAGCCGAACUUGCGUGCAGAGCGGUCGGAGCGAGACCUCCAGCGAUUAUAACUUGGUGGCUGGACGAUAAACCAGUAGCAGUAACCGAACCUCAAAAAAACUCGGACGAUUUCAACGAAACAGUAUCAUUUCUGCGAUGGACGCCCCGAAUGGAGCACGACGGCCGGGUGCUUACCUGUCGAGCGUCUCACGUGAAACUGGAACACACCACUAUUGAGACCACCAUGUCACUCAACUUGCAUUAUGUGCCGAUCGUAGUUUUACAAUUGGGAUCGAAACUUAAUCCCAACGACAUAGAAGAAGGUGACGACGUGUACUUUGAGUGCGUCGUGCGCGCCAAUCCACCAGCUUACAAAGUAGUUUGGGAACAUAACGGUCAAGUAAUGACGCACAAUCAGCGCGCUGGGGUAAUUGCGGGCUCGGCACAUUUGGCUCUACAAGGAGUGUCCAGGGAACAAGCGGGAAGAUACGUGUGUACCGCCUCCAAUGUGGAAGGAGAUGGCAGAUCUCCUCCAGUCAAUCUCUUAGUUAUAUAUAAACCUGUGUGUAAAAACACAGAAGUAAUUAUAGUGGGUGCAGCUGUGAACGAAGCAGCUAAAGUCACUUGUGAAGUAGAUGCUUUUCCACCGCCUAAGAACUUUCAAUGGACAAUCAAUAACACUAUUGGAACUGUUGAACUAGAAGCGGGAAAGUUUACAGUGGACGGCGCCGGUCGAUCCGUUCUCUCGUACACUCCAAGUGGGGACACGGACUACGGUUCUUUAGCAUGCAGAGCAACUAAUCUAGCCGGUCAACAGAUAGAACCCUGCCGGUAUACAUUGCUACCAGCUGUCAAACCAGAUCCACCGUCUAACUGCUCUUCGUUAAACCUCACUGAUGAUUCAGCGGAACUACGCUGUGUUGCUGGUUAUGAUGGAGGUCUUCAAACUACUUACGUAGUCGAAGCUUGGGAGACGGAGGCAUUAGUAGCUAACGUGUCGGCAACUGCACCAGUUUGGAAGCUGCACGGGCUUGGCUCAGGCAAAGCAUUAACACUUGUCUUUUAUGCAAAUAAUGCUCGCGGAAGAUCUGAAAUUACAACACUGAGAGUUCACACACUUUCGAGGCUGGCUUUACAGACUGAAGCGAAUACAAGAAGCAAUCGAGUGGACAGCAGCUGGGCGCUUGGUAUCGUUGCGGGAAUUGUGGGAACGCUCAUUGCGGUCACCAUCAUCGCCCUGGUUGCAAAAAGAAAACAUCACCGACCACUACAGUAUGAAGCUCCAACGCAGACCGCGAAAGCGUAUAAGGGUUCAAUUCAACCCGUCAAUCAUUCACCAAUACAGCCAGAUGACAAAAAUCCAGAUGUCGUUCCUCUAGGUAAAGAUUUCAACUGCACGCGCGAUGAGGAGCGGCCACCUGAGCCGCCCCCCUACGGGGCCGUGGUGUCGCCCCCUGUGGGGUCAUCUAAGAGCACUCACAGCUUGCACGACGUUCGGUCUAACACGCCUCAUACGCCGAACACACCGGCCUCUGAUAUACAGAGUAUUGGUACUUUGGCGGAAGACCGGCGCAGUGUGACCAGCGGUACACUAUCCCGACGGAGGGAGGUGGUAACCACAAGAACGCCAUUGCUCGCCAACGCAAGAGAAAGUUGCGUUUAG